GGCAGUACAUUGCGUGUGAGCGUGUGACCAUUGUUUUAUUCUCCUUCUUCUUUCUUUUCUCCUCCCUCCUCCUUUUCUUCUUCUGGAGACCUCGAGUCCUCUCUCCCACGCAUCACUAGCCACCAUGGCGCAACCUCUCGAAGAUGUCUACUGCACGCUACUCAUGAGCGAUUCCUACCUGCCGGGUGCCGCGGUCCUCGCCAAUUCCCUUCGAGAUGCAGGAACAACGAAGAAAUUGGCCGUACUCAUAACCUUGGAAACACUCUCUGCAGAGACAAUCACAAAGCUCAAAUCCCUCUAUGACUACCUGAUACCCGUCCCUCACAUAUCCAACCCCAACCCUUCCAACCUAUAUCUUAUGGGCCGUCCCGACCUGUCCUUUGCGUUUACGAAGAUUGCACUAUGGCGACAAGUGCAGUUUCGAAAGAUUGUAUAUAUGGACGCAGAUGUGGUGGCUCUACGAGCGCUAGAUGAGCUUUUCAACCUAGAUGUUCCAUUCGCUGCUGCACCAGAUGUUGGCUGGCCAGAUGCCUUCAACUCUGGGGUCAUGCUUUUGACCCCAAACAUGGGAGACUAUUGGGCAUUGCAAACGUUGGCCGCGACUGGGGACAGCUUCGAUGGAGCUGAUCAAGGCCUCCUCAACCAGUACUACGAGAACCGCAACUGGCAUCGUCUGAGUUUCACAUACAAUACCACACCAAAUGCGCAAUACCAAUGGGAACCUGCGUACCGAUACUACAAGUCGAAUAUCAGUGCCGUCCACUUCAUUGGCAAGGAUAAGCCGUGGUCUCGCCCGUCUGGCUCAGGGGGUCCUGGAGUGUACAAUGAGCUUCUAGCUCGUUGGUGGGCUGUACACGACAGGCACAAGUCCGAUGCUUAUGGGCCUCAGCCACGGUUGUCAGGACCGACGGCUACUGCUGCGGGCGUCUCUCAUGGCGAAGGUGAGGCAACGAGUACUAGCUCGAAUACCUCGUCAACGCAUAACGCAAACGUGCCCGAAAUCAUCGUUCAUCCCGAUGCCCCUCCCACUUCUACUGAGGCUCCCUUGACUGAGCCUGGUGAUUUGGCCGAGAAUAUUGACCAGGGUAUCGUAGAGCCGACCCCGACGGUUGAGUUACGAAAGUUCUCUGCCCCGCAGAUGGAAUGGGACGCGACCCGGUUUGAGCCCCCUACGGAAUCGAAACCAGAAGCAGCCAACUUUCCCUCGGAGGUGUACGAAUUCAAUGAGAGCCGUGAGCUCUUCCAAGCGCCACAUGCGUAUCCCGAACCGCCAAAGGACAUGUGGUAUGAGGUUCCUCAGACAAAACCAACUCCAUCAGAGAAGCCGCGACCGAUUUUCCCAUGGGAGCAACAGCCUGAUCGACCCAAAGCUACUCGUAUCUUCGCCGAGGACCUGCCUCCGGAGCCCACACCUGCUGCCCAACCCAUUGCACCAAUACCAACGCAUCCAUUCUCUACCGUGCACUACGAUGAAAACAAUGCUAAUACAAACAACGGGCAAGGAGAAGCUAGCGGACUUUCUAGCCCAGAACGGGUGACAUCUCCAAAGACCGCUGACGAAUCGUGGCAGGAGUUCCAGCAGACUAGUGUGAAUGCGUGGGACAACGUGCCAUCCAUCGCAAACUACGUCCGCGCAAUCAUGGACGCCCAGACGCGAAAGACGAAGACGUUUAACGAACCGCACUCGCCAGGAACAGAGAUUCUGUCCCCGUCAGCGGUCAGACCGGGCCGGAGAGAGAGUCUCAUCAUCACUGAUUUCCCGAGCGCCGUCGAUCGACCGAGUCUUCCCGUGACACCAGCCCCGAUCAGGCGGCCCACUUUCUGGGGAGAGGAGAGGGAUGAGGCAGGUGAGCUACCUGUAGCAGAAGGCGUGCCAGACCAGGCCGACUGGGUAUGUCCGCAAUGCGGGUUUUCUUCUCUUAGCGAGUCAGACUUCAAGAGUGCUCCACGCCAAUCGUCCCCUGUUUUUACCUCAUCAGCAAUUGUACCCCCUGCUUUCACUACAACCAUCACCACAGCUGCAGAGACUACGCCCGGCACGAGCUUGCCAAAGGCAAAGCCCUCCAAAACCCCAAUCGAUCCACUCACAGCGUCUUUCGCAAGAUACAAAGAAGGCAUAAGCCGCCGUGGUGCGCCUCUUGCAUCCUUGACCGAUCCAUCUUUGCUUUCGCAUCCAACACAUAUCACCGACCUGCAGGCCUGAUCACUUCCGGCAUGGUCGGAGCAUUGUACAAAACAUGCUUGACUACAAAAACAUGGCACAUCUCUUGCUUGCAAACGCUGACUUCACAAUUCGAACAAAAGAAUCCGGAAGAACGACUCGACCAACUACAACGAUCUUCGGUCCUCGAGGGAAUUGAACAUUUGAAAGCACCCGUUCACACAGAAGCCCCACUGC